CGUAUCCUUCUAAAAGAAAGCGCCGCAACAKAUCGAGAAAGACGUCCAUUCGCAGUAUCACGUACCUAUCAACGAGAAGCAACAAAGAUGCCACCGCGAGCCGCAACCGAAGGAGGCGCCGGAGAACUCCCCAGCAAACCUAUCAAGCGAGUCGGAUCCAUGGGAGAUAUCAGUGUCGAAAGCAAAGACGAGAAAGUAUCGAAUGAUUACACCACCCGAAAGUCGACUCUCAUUGGGUAUGUUUUUGUGUGUUGUAUCCUCGUCACGCAUUUGAUGACAUUUCUUUGAGCCGCCGAGUUCAGUCCAGCAGCCACUACGACCYGUGCGGCGCAGUCGGUUUGCUGCUUCUUGCAAACGCAAAAUUGAAAACUCAUCAUUUCUAUUCUUCUCCUGUUCAUUUUUGCUCCUUCUGUCUGUGAUUKAAUUUUCCAUCUGUGAUUUGGUAUCAAUUUCAAACUUUCUACCACAAAAAACGCGACAAAUGGUCCAUCCUUGCAGAAUGAUCAACUGGGUCCAUGUACUCUCGACGGAUGCGCCUGCUAUCUUAAUKUUCGGACUUAUCGUCCUUGUGGGACAGAUUAUUUACCAGGUUGUGAACGAUCUGUUUCCCGAAGAUGAAGGAGCAACCCUAUCGAUCGAGACCAUAACGGUCGUGGCCAACGCCACYAAGCAACUAUUUGUUCGUCUCUACAAAGCCAUUGCCGAAAGCGAGGGGUUUGAUAUCUUUUCUCCGGCUGUSCAGACCACAGCCCUCAUCUUGGUAGUUGCAGCUUGGAUGGUCCGUCGCGAUUCUCCCAUUUAUUUGUUGUCGUUCGAAACCUUCAAGGCACCCGAMGACUGGAAAUGCAACCAGGACGAAAUCAUGGAAAUGAUGAAGAGACAGGAAUGCUUCUCCCAGGAGUCUUUGAAUUUCUUGAGACGUAUUUUGGAUCGAUCCGGAACCGGACCCGCCACAGCGUGGCCACCGGGCAUCACGAAGUGUUUGAAACCCGACCCAGACGACCCGUCCAAAYACCAAAAAACCGAUCGCUCUAUCGAGGCCAGCAGGCAAGAAGCGCAGACCGUAAUUUUCGAUAUUGUAGAAAAAGCCCUGAAAAAGGCCAACGUUAAACCAAGAGAAAUCGAUGUCUUGAUCAUCAACUGUUCGCUCUUCUCGCCAACGCCAUCUCUUUGUGCCAUGGUCGUUUCUGAAUUCGGAAUGCGAAGCGAUGUCGAAACCUACAAUUUGUCGGGAAUGGGAUGCAGUGCUUCCCUCAUCAGUGUGGAUUUGGCAAAGAAACUGCUCGGAAGAAAGGGUUCCCGCAAGGCUUUGGUUGUCUCCACCGAGGUAAUCACCCCUAAUUUGUACCAUGGUAACGAACGCGGAUUCUUGAUCCAGAACACUCUAUUCCGAUGCGGAGGAGCCGCCCUUGUUCUUUCCAACAACUGGAUGGACGGUCGACGGGCCUGGUACAAGCUCUUGCACACGGUUCGUGUACAGGGAAGCGGAGAAGCUGCCUACCAGUGUGUGUUUGAAACGGAAGACGAGAACGGAGAACGAGGUGUCCGUCUAUCGAAGGACAUUGUCAAGGUUGCCGGAAAGACUAUGGAAAAGAACUUUACCAUGCUUGGCCCUUCCGUCUUGCCGCUCUCGGAACAGGCCAAGGUGGUGUGGAGCAUUAUUCUGCGAUAUGUGUUGAAAUCGGUUGGCAAGAUGGUCGGUCCUGACGCCGCCGCUAAGCUGCCAAAGGUCAAGCCAUUCGUGCCGGAUUUCAAGCGAGGCAUCGAUCACUUUUGCAUCCAUGCCGGUGGACGAGCCGUGAUUGACGGUGAGUAUUUGCUUUAUUUUCUUUUCUUUGCUGGCACAAAACACUGCAGAAWAAUCGAUCGUCAUCCUUGUUUUGUUUUCUCCACCUCACAACACGUGCUUUUCUGUUUUGUCGGUCGUCGUUGCUAGGAAUCGAGAAAAACCUCAAGCUAGAAGAAUACCACACGGAACCCUCCCGAAUGGCCUUGUACAACUACGGCAACACCAGUUCCUCAUCCAUCUGGUACGAACUCGAAUACAUUCACUACCACCAACGGAACAACCCAUUGAAAAAGGGAGACCGCAUCAUGCAAGUGGCCUUUGGAUCCGGUUUCAAGUGCACCUCCGGAGUCUGGCUCAAGGUGUAAACGGCAACGCGAUUCAGGAACCAACCACCAACAUCUCGUACGCACCGAGACAGAACCAACCACCACCCUACUGCCCACACCUUUUCGUCAUGCGCGCAACAUUACACACGGACUAAAUACAGUAAUAACAA